UUUAAUUUACUCUUUGGAGAGAUUCAGAAUUUCUUUUCAAUUCAAAGAUUUAAGCAACUUUGAUCAAGUAGACAAUUAAGCUGCAAACAAGAUGGUUGAUGCAGUUCUUCGAGUUGUUCUUCAGAACAUUAACUUCCUACUUCAGCAAGAGUUUGGUUUGGUAUGGGGAGUCGAUCGAGAGAUGAGAAGGCUUUCUGACACCUUACACACAAUUAGAGAUGUAUUGGAAGAUGCUGAGAUGAAGCAAUUCAAGGAUAAGGAGACCAAAGGUUGGCUAAAGAAACUCAAGGAUGCAGCUUAUGAUGCAGACGACAUCUUAGAUGAGUGUGCUGCCAAAGCACUUCAAUUAGAAGAAUCCCAGAUGAGCAAUUGCACCAACCAGGUAAGCAACUCUUUCUUAUCUUGGUUCAAUUUGGAAAAACUUAUGUUUCGUCUCAAGAUUGGACACAGAAUAAAAGAUAUUAGAGAGAGAUUUGAUGAUAUUGCUGAUGCGAGGUCCAAAUUUCAUUUGAACCCUCGGGGAAAUGCAGUGGAAUGGACUUUUGAGACCAGUGAACGAGAGACUACGUCCAUUCUAACUGAACCCCGAGUUUAUGGGAGAGAUGAGGACAGAGAAGAAAUAGUUAAGAUAUUGGUGGACAACAUUAACAACCCAGAGUUACUGGUUUAUCCAAUAAUUGGAAUCGGUGGUCUUGGGAAGACCACACUUGCUCAACUUGUCUACAAUGAUGAAAGAGUGAAAAACCAAUUUGAGGCCAGAAAUUGGGUUUGUGUAUCUGAUGAUUUUGAUGUAAAAAGGCUUACUAAAGCAAUCAUAGAAACUAUGGGUGGAACUGCAUCUGAUCUCACAGAGUUGGAAUCAAUGCAAAGCCGACUUCGUGAGAUGUUGAGUAGGAGGAGAUUUUUGCUUGUACUAGAUGAUGUUUGGAAUGAAAAUCAGGACAAGUGGGAUAAAUUGAAAUUUUCAUUGACAUGUGGAAUUCAAGGAUGUUCAAUUCUUGUAACCACUCGUCUUGAAAAAGUAGCAUCAAUCAUGGGCACAUUUCCUGCUCACCACUUAAAAGCACUCUCAAAGGACGAUUGUUGGGCUUUGUUCAAGCAACGUGCAUUUGGCGAUGGCAGAGAUGAGAUUGCAAACUUGGUAGUGAUUGGAAAGGAGAUUGUGAAGAAGUGUGGAGGUGUUCCUCUGGCAGCAAAGGCUCUAGGGAGCUUAAUGCGCUUCAAAAACAAAGAGACUGAAUGGCUAGUUGUGAGAGACAGUGAAAUAUGGGAUCUACCAGAAGAUGAAGAAAAUACCAUUUUGCCGGCCUUGAGACUUAGCUACAAUCAUCUGCCCUCACAUUUGAGGCAAUGUUUCGCUUAUUGCUCUAUAUUUCCAAAGGAUCAUAGGAUCCAGAAGGAACAGUUGGUCCAUCUCUGGAUGGCUAAUGGUUUUAUUCCAUCCAAGGGUAAAAUGGAGUUGGAAGAUAUUGGUAAUGAAAUUUUCAACGAGUUAGUGUGGAGGUCUUUCUUCCAAGAUGAAGAAAAAGAUGAUUAUUUGAAUGUAGUGAAUUGUAAGAUGCAUGAUCUAGUCCAUGAUCUUGCAUGUUCUAUCAUGGGUAAGGAAUGUUUGACCUUAAAGACUAGCGGGGAAAUAAUUGUUCCAAAAGGGAUUCGACACCUAUCAUUGGAGCCUGAGAACAUUCUUUCGGCCGACGACAUACAAAUGUUGGUAGCAUCCACUAAUGAGUCUUUGCGUAAAUUUCAAACCAUUCGUACUUUGCUGCUAACGGCCAGUGGUUACCGGCCAUUUUCAUUUUCAGCUGCCUAUUUGAAAUUUCCAAAUUUCAAUAUUUCAAAUCGUAGAUGCAUACGAGCAUUAGAACUGAGAUUCAGUUUUGUAAGUCCGCGACCAUCGUCAGCUGCCUAUUUGACAGACUUGAGGUAUUUGAUACACUUGAGGUACCUGAAGCUCUACAUGAUGAGUAUUAGCACAUUACCUGAAUCCUUGAGCAACCUAAAACAUUUGCAGACAUUGAUACUACACUAUUGUCCAUAUCUUCAAAAGUUGCCUGCACAGUUGAGUACCAUGAGCAGCCUCAGGCACCUGGAUAUUUGUGGAUGUGGGUCACUAAGGCAAAUGCCAAUCGGAAUAGGGAAGUUGAUUCACAUACAGACAUUAAGCAUGUUCAUCGUGGGGAAGAAGAGUGGAUAUUGUAUCAAUGAGUUAAAAGGACUGAACCUCAGAGGAGAAUUACAAAUAAGAGAUCUUGAGAACGUAAAGAAUUCAGUGGAUGCCAAAGAAGCCAAUUUGAUGGAAAAGAGAAACCUUAACUGGUUAACCUUGUCUUGGUCUCCACAUAAUGAUCAAACUCACAUCCAAGAAAAUGUUGAUGAGGUGCUAGAAGGCCUCCAACCCCCAAUAAGCGUGAAAGAAUUGGAAAUAGAAAGGUACCAAGGCAUGAAAUUUCCAAGUUGGAUGGAGGAUUUGUCACUCCAAAAUUUGGUUCGUGUUAGACUCAGCGAUUGUAAGAGAUGUGAACAUCUCCCGCCUCUCGGGCAUCUGCCACUUCUCAAAUUUCUUCUCGUACGUGGAAUGGAUUCUGUCCGAUACUUAUUAGAUGUUGAGUCCGAUAGUGGUGAUGGAUCGGCUAAAGGAUUCCCAUUGCUGGAAGAACUGCAAUUAAUUGGCAUGCUAAAUUUGGAAGAAUUGUUAUUGAAUGUUACACGAGGAAGAGAAGUAGUAGUAUUCCCUUGCCUUGUUUCAAUGAGAAUUAUGGAUUGUGAUAAGUUGAAAACCCUUCCAUUGCUCCCGUCUCUUAAAUCUUUAUUUCUUCACACGAAGGAAAGUGAAAACAUUCCAGAAGGGCUGCUACAAAACCGAAACCUCCCCGUUCUUGAGAGUUUGACUUUUGAUAAUUCCCCCAACCUCGUCAAUUUGCCAAGAUUGUCUAUUAGGCAUGGGGAAUAUGGAUUUAGCUCUCUUAAAGACUUUCGGGUCACCCAGUGCGAUGCUAUGAAAUAUUUGUGGGAGGAUGAGACCCAAUUCCAGGGGUUGUGCUCUUUGAAGGUACUGAGAAUUGAAUAUUGUGACAGAUUAGAAACUCUCUCAGGAAUGAGAUAUAUAACAUCUCUCGAGAACUUAAGGAUUGAUAAAUGCCCAAAGCUGGAACUCUCCAAAUUGGAGGAUUUUCGACACCUCACUUCCCUUCAAGAAAUAGAGAUUGUCAACAUGUGUGAGUCGAUCUCUUGGCCCGAGAGCUUGAAACACACUACAAUGCUGCAACGUCUACAUAUCAGUUGCUGCACUGGACUGACUGCCUUGCCAGAGUGGAUCCACAAUCUCCCGUCUCUUCGAAUUAUUGACAUUUCGAGUUGUCAAAAUCUUAGUUUCUUGCCAGACGGUUUUCAACAUAUGACAGCCCUCCAAACUCUUAUAAUUGAUAAUUGCCCUGUAUUAGAGACACGAUACAGAGAAGGGGGAGAAGACUGGCACAAGAUAUCCCACAUUCCAAAUGUCAUCUUCAGAUCAUGACCAUCACCAGUACUCAUGGAUUUUGGGAUUGUCUCUUGAAGUCAAGGAGGAGGAGGUGAUGCAUCAUCUAAGAUCCAGUUUCAAAAAUUUAUGCUACAAACCAUUCGACAAGCACUUGAGCAAGAAUGAUGCCAAUGGUAUCCCCUUCUGAACAGUUUUUUAAGCUCAUUUUAUGCUUCAUUUAGCUUUUAGGGUUUUUUGACUUGCACAUAAGAUCUAUUUCAUGUUUUGGUUUAGGUCGUGAGUAUUAUUAUGUUCUUGGAGCUUGAUGCCCUGUUUGUUCACUUUCUUCAAGUUGGACAACUAAGCAUGCUUACUGUGUUCCUCUGCAUUAUAGCAGCUCAGAUGGUCUUCAACAAAUGACAGCACUCCAAACUCUUGUAACAGUAGAAUGCUCCAUCGUCUUAAGGACACAUUGUAGAGAAGGAGGAGAAGACUGGCACAAGAUAUCCCACAUUUUGAAUGUCAUCAUCAGAUCAUGGCCAUCAUCAAGGCGCACGAGACAAAACCGUGGAUGUUGGGAUCGUCUCUUGAAGUUGAGGAGGAGGUGAUGCAUUCAACAAUAAAACAAGCAUUUUCUAACGCUUUGUUCUUGCAGGUUGUAGGUGCCCUGUUUGUUCACCUUCUUCAAGUUUGUCAGAUCAUGUUCUAGCCUUUGACGAGGAUAAAUCAAAUUCACAUGCCAUUUUAUCACCAGUAAAUCAACGGAAAAACUUAUUGAAGCCAACGCUUGGUGUUUUCUUCUUGGAUUAAAGCAAGCUGAUUCGGACAAUUGAAAAAUUAAGGAAGUUUGGAGAAACUCACAUGAGUUAGAUCAUUUAUUUUUUUACCAUAGGACCACAUUGUAGCCUUGGAGCAUGGUGCCUCUUGUUUUGGAUGUUUCUCAUCUCUUACCAACUUUAUACUUUUAGCUCAGGCUUAUAAACGAUGUGUUCCUUAUCAUAACACAUUUAUUAUAUAUAGGGUUAUGAACGUAAGGCUUAACAUUAGCA